AUGGCGGAAAAUCUAGAACUGGGUCUUUUAUGUACAGAAACCAUCAACGUUGGUGAUGAUGACAUGAUUUUUGGUCGUGAAGUUUCGAAUUUUCAGAUGGGUUUUCCAUUAGAGAGCGAAGAGAUUAUCAGAGAGAUGAUGGAGACGGAGAAGCAGCAUUUGCCAAGUGAUGAUUACAUCAGGAGACUCAGAAGUGGAGAUAUGGAUUUCAAUGCCAGAAGAAGAAAAGCCCUUAACUGGAUUUUUAAGGCUUGUGAGGUGCACCAGUUUGGACCAUUGUGUAUGUGCUUAUCAGUUAACUACUUUGAUCGAUUCUUGUCGGUUCAUGACCUCCCUUAUGACAAAGCUUGGACAAUGCAGUUGUUGGCUGUGGCUUGUUUAUCAUUGGCAGCCAAACUUGAAGAAACUUCUGUCCCAAGGUUAUUGAUUGAUCUUCAGGUACGAUCACUCUAUCACAAAAAAGAUCGGUAA